UCCUGUUAUGUCUGGCCGUCGGGGGAGCAUGACAUAGCCCCCACCUCCUCCUCCCCCCGGUGAGCGUGCAGACAGUCUGGAUGCAGACGGAGUCGCACGCGGACGCGCCGACGGACGAACCUCCGGCCUCACGGACCCGGCAGCCGAUCAUAGCCGAGCGGAGAGCGCCGAGCCCGGUGACCAUGUCGGUGCUCGGCCCCGCCCCCAGCAGCGCAGACGCCUGCCUCAGCAUCGUCCACAGCCUGAUGUGCCACCGGCAGGGCGGCGAGAACGAGGGCUUUGCCAAGCGCGCCAUCGAGAGUCUGGUGAAAAAGCUGAAGGAGAAGAAGGACGAACUGGACUCGCUCAUCACCGCCGUCACCACCAACGGCGUGCACCCCAGCAAGUGUGUCACCAUCCAGAGGACGCUGGACGGCCGGCUGCAGGUAGCGGGUAGAAAAGGCUUCCCUCAUGUGAUCUACGCCCGCCUGUGGCGGUGGCCAGACCUGCACAAGAACGAGCUGAAGCACGUCAAGUUCUGUCAGUUUGCCUUCGACCUCAAGUACGACAGCGUGUGUGUGAACCCCUACCACUACGAGAGGGUAGCAUCCCCCGCCACAGGUCCUCAGUCUCUCAUAAAGGAGGAGUUCAUGCAGGAGUGUCUGCAGAUCGACCUGCCCCCCCACACCGACCCCUAUGGCCACCCACGGCCUGUCGGCAUGUAUCCCAGCAUGCCUUUGUCUCCCCCAGGCAGCAGCUCCAUGGUGCCUGCAGCUCUGACUGCCGGGGGGGUCGGCGGCGGUUUGGACGGACCCGGCCUCCUUCAGAUCGCUCCGCCUCCUAACCACGGCGGGCAGGCUUCACCGCCUCACUCAAAUCCACCUCACACUCCCCAGCCCCCCCAUCCCUCCACCCCAGCCUCCCCACAUCAGCAGAGCCCAGAGUACAGUGGCCCCCACAAACCUGCCAACUGGGCAGGUAACAGCCCUGUCCCCUACACCUCUGCAGGACCGCAGCAUAGUGGGCGGGGCAACCAGCCACAUCCACCAUUGCAUCAUCAUCCUCAUCAUCAUCAACAACACCACGCCCCCAACACUCACUUCUGGUCACAGCAUCACAGCACUGCUCCGUAUCCACAGCCAGUAUCCAACCACCCAGGUCCAGAGUUCUGGUGCUCCAUCUCCUACUUUGAGCUGGACGUUCAGGUUGGUGAGAUGUUUAAGGUCCAGUCCAGCUGUCCCCUGGUGACCGUGGACGGGUACGUGGAUCCUUCGGGAGGAGAUCGAUUCUGUUUGGGACAGCUCAGCAAUGUCCACCGUACGGCCGCCAGCCACCGCGCCAGGCUCCACAUCGGCCGGGGGGUUCAGCUGGAGUGUCGGGGGGAGGGUGACAUCUGGAUGCGUUGCCUUAGCGACCACUCUGUGUUUGUCCAGAGUUUCUAUCUGGACCGGGAGGCGGGCAGAGCACCAGGCGAUGGCGUUCAUAAGAUCUACCCUGGAGCAUACAUCAAGGUGUUCGACCUGCGGCAGUGUCACCGGCAGAUGCAGCAGCAGGCGGCAGCGGCUCAGGCAGCUGUGGAGACUCAGGCAGCCGCGGUGGUCGGUGCAAUUCCCGGUCCGAACAGUGUGGGAGGAAUCGCGCCUGCUGUCAGUGUGCGCUCAGCGGCCGGUCUGGGCGUGGACGACCUCCGCAGGCUGUGCAUCGUGCGGCUGAGCUUCGUCAAAGGGUGGGGGUGUGACUACCCACGGCAGAGCAUCAAGGACACCCCCUGCUGGCUGGAGGUGCACCUGCACCGAGCGCUGCAGCUGCUCGACCAGGUGCUGCACAUGCUGCCGCCGCGAGAGCACGCACUCUAGGACCUCCGCGCUCUGCCCACAAACGCACCACAGCAGGGGUCGGUUCACACGGGUUUCAGACAAUCAGCCAAUCGCAGCGUCUUGUCUCUGCUGUCAUUUAAGUUUGUUUCUGUGGAAACCAGCGUGACUCGUUAAAGGGUCAGUUCACUCGAGCUUGGUGUCUGCUCGAGCAUCCACGCUGGCCUGCAGUUUAUUAGUUCCGCCCCCUCAACAGGUGAACUGACCCUUUAAGCCUGAUGUCAGAAAUCAGCUGAUUACCAAAAAAACCUCGUCAUCGUCAUCUUCCUCCUUCUGUCGGUUUUUAGUUCCUUUAGCUAAUUGUCGACCAAAGAGCCAUUCCUGUUCCUUUGAUGACAUCAUAUCCUGUUUACGUUGCGUUUCUGCUCCCUCUGACGGUCACAUUAUUUAUUCUGUCGUCUGCUUUUUUUCUCACGUUUAACUCAUUUAAAGGCUUUUAUACUGAAAGAGUGCAAAGCUCUGAAUCAUCAGCUGUCUCUUCAAAUUAAAAGUCUGGUGGAUAAA